AAAGUUAAAAGAAAAAAGGUAACGAAUAAUUUUUAUGGAAAAAUGGACACACGGCUUCGACUUUUAAUAAAUAGAAUCAAAGUGUACAUAUGUUUGUGUAUAUUAGUGUUGGCCCUGUUGCUGCCCACAAACGUAAGGGCGCAACAACUGAAGGUGGUGUAUGCGGUGAACGCUGGCGGUUAUGAGCACACAGAUAAGAAUGGUAUACAUUAUGAGGCGGAUCCCUUACAUGAUAAAGUAGGCACUGGUUCAGAUUAUGGCAAUCAUUUGUUAAUUAUUGGACGUGUGCCAGAGCAAGAUGAGGUACUUUAUCGCACAGAACGUUAUCACACAGCUACAUUUGGCUAUGAAAUGCCUUUAGAUGGUGAUGGCGAUUACGCGCUGAUAAUGAAAUUUUGUGAAGUUUAUUUUAAUGAACCAAAUAUGAAGAUAUUCGAUGUUGUGCUAAAUAAGCGGCAUACUGUUGUUAACGAACUGGAUAUAUUUCAUCAAGUUGGUCGUGGAACUGCACAUGAGGAGUAUGCUUAUUUCACAAUUAAAGGCAGUCAUCUUUACUAUAAGGACGAAGUGUCCGAUGUACGCAACAAUAUUGUGCGUUUAGAUUUUAUCAAGAGUAACUAUGAUAAUCCCAAAAUCAAUGCUUUCGUCUUGCUGAAAGGAGAUGUAGAUCAUAUACCACGAUUGACACCAGUUAUUGAAGAGGCACAACCAAUUGAUGGUGAGAUGGCUGCAUUUAAUGAUCGUAUAUCAGCUGAUAGUGGCAGAUUAUCGGAAGCUGGUGCAGAGCGGAAAAAUCAAGAAACUGCACCACCGGUACCGACUGAAGGAGAUCUGGAUGAUGAUGAAGAAAUGUUAAACGAACUUUGGAAAGUGCGAAAAACUAGCGGUCCACGGCACCCAGAUCCAUAUAGUAUGGAUGAUACAUCCCUGAUGCUGCCUAUUUUUAUAGCUAUUGGUGCCUUUAUACCACUAGUCUUCUGCCUGUGCAAAUUGUGAUUCAAAUAAUUUAAACUAUACAUCUGAGGGUACUUGUUAGCGAUUAUGGGGGCGUUCAAGUUCAAAAAAUCUAAGUCUAUUUAUCAUAUUUGCCUGAAAUUUUCUUAAGUGUUAAAAGCGCCUAUGGAUUAGGUCUUUAUUAAAUUUGUCUAAAUACAUUUAAAAGUGUUUAGAGCAAAUUGAAGUUGUGAUUUUCUUUUUUUUUAAUUUAUACUUCAUACAUUGUUUUAAUGUUUUUGGCUGAUUGAUAGUUUUAUUUUGUAAAAAAAAAAAUUAUGAAUUUUAUUUCAAUUUGCUUUUGUGGUUCUAUUACUGCCUUUAAUGUAUUAAAUUAUUUCA